AUGGGCAGAGGGAAAAUAGGCUUAAUCAGGUUCUGGGGCUUAGUGCUCCUCACUCUUCUAUAUCUAACACACCAAGCAAUGAGUACUAAGGAUCGGAGCAAAACUUGCACUCCGUCUCAUUGCGGCAUUAUCGCAAACAUCUCGUAUCCAUUUCGCCUGAGAGAUGAUCCAGCGAACUGCGGCGACCACGUAUACGAGUUAGCCUGUGAAAACAACGUCACUCUGCUUCAUCUGUAUUCAGGAAUAUACCAGGUUAUGGGAAUCAACUACAACAACUACACAGUCCGACUCAAAGAUCCAGGCAUUCGGGAGGGUGAUUGCUCCUCCCUCCCUCGUUAUUUCUUAUCCCGAUCUAAUUUCACCGACAGUUAUAACUUUUCCUACGAUUAUGAUAGCAAUCAUCCCUAUCUUGUCGCUGUGGAACCAUCAAACGAUUCAAAACUUACAUUCGACCACGUCAUUUACCUGCACUGCAGCGAUCCGGUGAGGGACGAUCCACUCUACGCAGAUACAGCGCCAUGCGUAGGUAGGGAAUCCAGAAGAGCAGGAGAAGGAGGAGGCCAUGUUUAUGCUGUGGUUGGAGACUUAGGAGCUGGCAGGUUGAAACCUGAGUGUCGUGUGAAAUCAGUGGCCACCAUUACUUCAGAUUGGAGUUCAUUCCUGAAAGGAGAAAGCUUCUCGUACGCUGAUAUUCACAGAGUGUUUUCCUAUGGUUUUGAGAUUUCAUGGUGGAAAAAAGCUUGCUCUGAUCUUCCUUGUCCAGCUAACGAGUAUUGCUUGUUCGACAAUAACGAGCAGAAGGUCCUUUGCACAAAAUCUGAGUACUACUGUUACCGUUUCAACGAAUUACCUUUUCCUCUCUUCUGCGGAAAGGCGGCACAUCUGAGCUAUCGUGUGCAAGCAUAUCUUGUUGGUAUUCUUGCAGGUUUGCCAUUUUUUAAGGAUAUUCAUUGGAUUGCAGAUUCAGUGUAUUCAACAAUUGAGUCCCAGGCUGAGCAUAACGGUGGGAGCAAUUUCAAUUCAACACAUGUUGCUUUCGACUUAGGAAAAAUCACAGGAAGAUAUGUUUUGCCAUUCACUAUUCUAAUUAUUCUAAGAUUCCUGGUUGGUAUAUUUUUUCUGUCCAUCUUGUUGAUUUACACAUGUCGGAGGAGGCACUUAUCUGGGUAUGAAAACAUUGAAGAUUUCAUACGCCUUCAUCACAACCUUCAUCCUUUGAGGUACUCCUACAAGGAUUUGAAGACAAUGACAAAAGGUUUCAAGAAUAAGAUUGGUGAAGGAGGCUUCGGCACUGUAUACAAAGGCAAGUUAAGGAGUGGAUCUGAAGUUGCCAUUAAAAUGUUGGGUAAAUCCAAAGCUACUGGCCAAGAAUUUAUCAGUGAAGUGGCAACUAUUGGGAGGAUACACCAUUUUAAUGUGGUGCACCUUGUUGGAUUUUGUGUGGAAGGAAUGAAACGUGCUCUUAUUUAUGAAUUCAUGUCUAAGGGAUCUUUAGAUAAAUAUAUUUUUGCUAAAAAAGGAAGUGUUUCAUUGAGUUAUCGCAAAGUAUAUGAGAUAUCAUUAGGUGUGGCUCGAGGGAUUGCUUACCUUCAUCAUGGUUGUGACAUGAAAAUAUUACAUUUUGAUAUCAAGCCCCACAACAUUCUACUUGAUGACAACUUCACUCCAAAAAUUUCAGAUUUUGGUUUGGCAAGAUUAUAUUCUAUUGAGGAUAGUAUCGUAACAUUGACUGCAGCAAGAGGGACAAUUGGGUACAUGGCCCCUGAGUUAUUCUACAAGAAUAUUGGAGGGGUGUCUUAUAAGGCUGAUGUUUAUAGUUUUGGAAUGCUUUUGAUGGAAAUGGCAAACCGAAGAAGGAAUUUGAAUCAAGAUGCAGAACAUUCAAGCCAAGUUUAUUUUCCCUUAUGGAUUUACGAUCAAUUUGAUGAAGAGAAAGAUAUAGAAAUGGAAGAUCUAACAGAAGAAGAGAAGAAUUUGGCAAAGAAAAUGUUCAUUGUUGCUCUUUGGUGUAUACAAUUGAAGCCUACUGAUCGUCCUUCAAUGAACAAGGUAAUAGAAAUGUUAGAAGCAACUGAUGUUGAGAGUUUUGAAAUGCCUCCAAAACCUUCUCUAUAUCCUAAUGAAAGAGUUUUAAUGGAUAGCACUUCCAACUUCAGUGAGACAACAUCCAUUAUCUCUACACAAUCUCAUAGUAGUCUAGGUGAGUGUGCAAAUGAUGGGCAAUAAUACUUCGUAGUCCUCAAUUUGUAUUUGAUAACUUGAUCAUUUCACUACCUUGUUUGAGUUUUGCUUACAUAAUAUAGCAUUCCAUAUUCAUUA